GUUUCGUUCAACUUUUUUCGUUUCAAAUCAAACCAUUUUCCCAAUAUUUUCCUGCUAAAAAAACACAUUGUCUCGUUGUCUCUGAAUUAUCGGACCGGAUUUGUGGCUCUUACCAACCGAAAUUUUGAUUUCCUUAUUCCCAUUCCUUCCUCCGAAUCGACCAGGAGCUCUGCAUUUUUUGGUCUUAAUCUUUCUGCCAUUCUUUUCUUCUAAUCGGCCCCUUUGACGCAAAAGUUUUCAGGUUUUCGAGAAUCUUUCUGGAUAACCUCAUUAUGUUCAUGCUGUCAAAGGUUGGCCUUAGCUGAAAUUUGGGUGGUAAUGUUCCUCAGCUUCUCAACAACAUUUCACAGCUCCAGGUUUGCUUGUAUCAUGGAAAGUGUGGAUCAUUGAGGGUUUUGUUAUGAGCAUACAUUUGGAGCUCUACACAGUUGGUUCAGAAGUUCUGGUGAAUGGCUGAAUCCAAACUGAAAUCGGAGGUGGUGGAGUGGUUAAAUUGCAUGCUCCCCAAUAUAAAUUUGCCACUUGAUGCUUCAGACGAGGAAUUGAAAGCAUGCUUGAUUGAUGGAACCGUUCUAUGCAGCAUGUUGGAUAAACUAUGCCCUGGUGUAGUUCAGGGAGACAAUUCUAAGCCCAUCGAUCCUAAUAUUGAGAGAUUUUUGAUAACUCUGGAUGAAUUAGGACUUCCUGGCUUCGAACCAUCUGUCUUGGAGCAGGGAUCUAUUGCACCCGUUUUACACUGCCUAAGCACACUUCAAUCUUCUUUUGAUUUGAGUGCUGGGGAUGAGGACACUCAAAUUUAUUCACGAAAGAAAUGGAACUUACAUGAAGUAGAAUCAUUAGAUGGAAUCAAUAAUUUCUCCGGGCUAAGAUUUCAGGAUUUUCAGAAUGGUUCUGUUAUAUCAGUGCCAUCAUAUGGACUAAAAAGUGAUAUUCCAUUUGAGGAUCAUGAAGGGUUCAUGUUGAAGCAAGAGCAAAAUCAUGAUGUUUCUGGUACUAAUGUCUUGGAGUUGAUAAAUUCACAGAAUUUUGAGAAUAUCUCUACUCAAUCACUCUUCAAUGUGAUCAAUGGAAUUCUGGAUGGCAGUAUUGAAACAAAAAAUGGAGAUGUGUCUCAUCAAGUAGCAUAUAUUCUGAGAAAAGUUGUACAAGUGCUCGAGCAGAGAAUUUUCACUCAUGCUGGAAACUUGAAACACCAAAGCAGUCUUUUGAAAGCUCGCGAGGAGAAAUUUCAAUCAAAAAUAAAAGUUCUUGAAACCCUUGCAACAGGGACCACUGAAGAAAAUGAGGUUGUUAUGAAUCAGCUUCAGCGUAUGAAGAUUGAAAAAUUCAGAAUAGAGGAGAUGAAAAAAUGUGGGGAGCAGGAUAUGAUGUCACUGAAGGAGCGUAAAGAACUCUGUGAUGUCGCGAUUUUAAAUCUUAAAGAUGAGCUAGAAAUGGCCAGGAGGGAACAUGAAAACCAUUGCUUGCAACUAGAAACAAAUGCCAAGGAAGAGAAAGCUAAGCUAGAGGCAAAACUAAAUGAACUAGAAUACUUACUAGCGGAUUCCGGAAAGAGGGUGAAGGAACUUGAGUCAUUUUCUGAAUCUAAAUCACUGAAAUGGAAAAAGAAAGAGUUCGUCUAUCAAAAUUUUGUUGAUCACCUGCUUGGAGCUCUUCAGGGAUUAAGGAUUUCUGUGGAGUCCAUCAAACAUGAGGUCUUGGAUACGAAAAGAAACUAUGCUGAGGAUUUCAAUUACCUUGGAAUGAACUUCAAAGGAUUAGCAGAUGUGGCUCAGAAUUACCAUGCAGUUCUGAAUGAAAAUAGGAGAUUGUAUAACGAGGUUCAGGAUUUAAAAGGGAACAUUCGAGUAUAUUGUCGAAUACGGCCAUUCCUUCCAGGGCAAACUAAGAAGCUAACUACAAUUGAAUAUAUUGGUGAAAAUGGUGAAUUGGUAAUUAUAAAUCCCGCUAAACAAGGAAAGGACAAUCGUAGACUAUUCAAGUUCAAUAAAGUUUUUGGUCCGACUUGUUCACAAGAGGAGGUGUUUUUAGACACUCAACCAUUGGUUCGGUCUGUCCUUGAUGGAUAUAAUGUUUGCAUAUUUGCUUAUGGACAAACUGGUUCGGGAAAGACCUAUACUAUGAGUGGGCCCGAUGUAUCAUUGAAAGCAGAAUGGGGUGUCAAUUACCGAGCAUUAAAUGACCUCUUCGAAAUUUCUCAAAGCAGGAAGAGCUCUAUUACCUAUGAAAUUGGUGUCCAAAUGGUUGAGAUAUAUAAUGAACAAGUCCGUGAUCUGCUCUCAAGUGGUGGUCUUCCAAAGAGACUUGGGAUUUGGAACACCACUCAACCAAAUGGGCUGGCCGUACCCGAUGCUGGCAUGCAUCCUGUUAGAUCUACUGCUGAUGUCCUAGAUUUGAUGAAGAUUGGAUUGACAAACAGGGCAGUUGGAGCCACAGCCCUGAAUGAAAGAAGCAGCAGAUCUCAUAGUGUGCUGACAAUUCAUGUUCGUGGUGUGGACUUGGAGACAGACGCUAUCUUGCGUGGUAGUCUUCAUUUAAUAGAUCUCGCUGGUAGUGAAAGGGUGGACCGCUCGGAGGCAACUGGAGAUAGGCUGAAGGAGGCACAACAUAUAAAUAAAUCAUUGUCAGCUCUUGGGGAUGUCAUUUUUGCUCUUGCGCAAAAGAGUUCGCACAUUCCUUAUAGAAAUAGCAAACUAACCCAAGUUCUGCAAAGUUCUUUAGGUGGUCAAGCAAAAACACUCAUGUUUGUACAAAUUAAUCCCGAUGCUGAAUCCUACUCUGAAACUGUAAGCACUUUGAAGUUUGCAGAAAGAGUUUCUGGUGUCGAGUUGGGUGCUGCACGCAGCAAUAAAGAGGGUAGAUAUGUUAGAGAACUCAUGGAGCAGGUGGCAGCUCUCAAGGAUACUAUUGCAAAUAAAGACGAGGAGAUUGAGCGGUUGCAGUCGCUUAAAGCUAAUGGCAACGUCUUAAAGCAUGUCGUUAGUUCCGUACGGUAUGGAUCAUCUUCUCCUAGAAGGUCCUCUAGUGGAACUCCUCGGCAAAGCCAAAGGCCAUCAGGGAGAAAAGGCUUAGGGUUGGUUAAUAAAGCAGCAUCUGACAUGGACAAUUACUCAGAUAGUGAUAGGCGUUCUGAAUCUGGAUCACACCUGUCUGUAGAGGACUUUAGACAUCAUAAGUGUUCUGGAUCUGGAUCGCAUCUGUCCAUAGAGGACUUUAGACGUCAUAAGCGUACAGGGUCAGGAUCACAUUUGUCUGUGGAGGACUUUAGACAUCAGAAGGAAUCUUCUUCCCUGUCAAGGGCUGUAGAAGGAGGGUGUGUAGGUCAGAAUGUCACUGAUGAUGUUGACCUUUUAGGCUUUGGGAAUGGUGAUUCUGAUGAGAGAUUAAGUGACAUAUCCGAUGGCGGUCUUUCGAUGGGGACUGAAACUGAUGGGUCAAUUUGCAGUUUUGUGGAAUACACUCUAUUCCCUGAAUAUUUGAAGUCAGCAGAAGGUUUAAUUGCUGAUACCAAAUACCCUGAGAGCACGUUGGACGUAAAAAGGCUAGCUGAGAAUGCAACAUCUGGGAAGUCAUUGGUUCCUAUUCCAGAAAAAACCAAUGCCUCAUUGAAGGCAGCCCCCAAGCCUCCACAAAAGCCUGUGCAAGCAAGACCAUCACGAGUUUCGUUGACGAAAAGCUCCUCGAAGGUUUCAUCAGCAUCGACAAAUGCCAAACUUUUCAUUGAUAAAAUGAAAAGUAGUACAAAAGGAGACCAAAGGAGAUUACAAAAAAGCUCUCCAAUGUCUGCUACAACCAAAAGAAUUAUAACUACUAAAGAGAGUGGAAAGGGUGCACCAUCUUGAGGUACCAGAAAAUCUAAUGUCGAUAGCUCCUCAUUGAUGAAAAGCAGGAAAGGGUGGCAGUGAAUCAAUCUAAAAGUGAUCUGGGUAGAAGAAUUCUUGAGCCUAAUGCUUAUUUUGUGUAGUUCUUGGUAGCAGUUCUAACUUCACACUUCUAGUUUGUGGCUCAUCCAUAGGUUGCCUUUUGCCUUUCUAAUUGGAAUCUCAUGUUUUCUUUCCUUUUGUUGUAUAUUUGUGUGCCAAAGGGUAGCUAAUACAUGUUCACUUUGUAGCUAUUGGUCAAACUCUAUCUAAAAUUUGUCCCCCUUUCUCCCCAAAUUGUCUCUAUAAAAUCUUGGUUGACUA